AUGCGAUUUUCAAUUACCAGCUUGACCCUUUUGACUUUGUCUGCCGUCUACGCCUUGCCAGCAGUACCCCAUCCCGAGGCAGUCGCGCGAGCACCGUCUCCUCAACUUGGAGGCUUAACUAGCGGAGGCGGACCUCUGGGAAUGGUCGAAGGUCUCCUAGGAAUGGGAGGUGGAUCAGCACCUCAAGCCGCAGCUGCGAGCUCAAGUCCUGCAGCCGUAUCCGCCGCCGAGCUCCUCGCUCAACCCUCCGCAUCGGCCUCACCUGCAACUGCUCAGCCUGCCGCCGCCGCUCCCGCCGCCGGCGGACUGGGAGGUCUUGGUGGACUCCUCGGUGGACUCCUCUGA